AUGAAGCAAACAAGUGGCGUAAUUCAACAGGCGCUGCGAUUGAACGGAAAUUGGACUCAAGAUAAAGAAGAUGAAAUCCGUGCAUUAGCUGCAAAAACAACCGAAGAAUGCUUGCGUGCUAGAUGCCCGUACUACAAUUACCUUCAGCCUAUCAUGGGCAAUAGAGCGAGCAAUGAGCCGAUAUUUGCUGCCGAUUCAGGAAACAAACAUCUUUCUCGCGCUGCCUCGAUCAUGGACCGUCCCCCGUCUCCUCCAGCGAAUGAGUCUCAGGGGACUCAAUUUAGUGGUUGGGAUCCAACUCAAAAUAUCGAUAUCGAACUCAACCAAGACACUUUCAAGGAGAUUCAGAGCCAAGCAAAUACAGACCUAACCUCAGCUACAUCUCUUGAAAUAUCUGGCCCUGAUGAUUGUAUAGCCAUCUCACAAUCGGCAGAGUCGAAUCCAGAGAUCACCUCAGAUACAUCUCCUGCCUUAAACGAACGUAUGAAUCUGACAUCCAUCCAACAUUCAUCUCACCCUAUGGAUUACACCUCCAGCUCUGAAUCCUUUCCGAGACCAAAUUCAAAACCACGACUUAAUGUUAGUCAAAAACUCAAUCAAACCAACAUCGACAGUCCCAGACGAUCUGAUACUAACGAUUUCCAAGAAAUGAAAAACGAUAUCAAGGCUUCGAUCCGAAACGGUCAAAGUAUGAUGCAAGAAGCUUCAGCAAACUCAAGCAGCCUAUUCAGACUUUUGGAAACCAAAUACGGAAAACGCGAUCUGGAAGAUGAGGAUUUAUGCCCCGAGGCUAUGAGCAAAAAAAAGGCAAAGAAGGACAAGCAAGAAGAACUUGAGCUUCUCAAAUUAGACCGAGAAUUAGCUCAGGAGCGUAAGGCGUUAGCAGAGAAUAACCAGGGGUCAGGUUUAUCGAAGCUCGAUUUGGCUCGAGAGAAAGUCGAUAUGAUUACCAAAUUUUGUGCGGUUGGCGUCUCCUUAGACGAUGCUGAAAGAAAGGCUGAAGAAAUAUUAAAUAGUUUGAAAUGA